AUGAUAAAUAGUAUGGAUCUUUCUUUAAGUUCUUCAACUGGUUCAAUAACAACUACUACUCAAGCUUUAAAUUUACAACCACAACCAAUACCAAAGAAAUCUCAACAAAUUAGAACGGAUAAACCAAGACCUCAUAUUUGUCAAGUUUGUACAAGAGCUUUUGCUAGAUUAGAACAUUUGAAAAGACAUGAAAGAGCUCAUACUAAUGAAAAACCUUAUCAAUGUGCUGCUUGUGGUAGGUGCUUUGCAAGAAGAGAUUUAGUUUUAAGACAUCAACAAAAAUUACAUUCUGAUUUACCAAAUAUAAUGAGAAGAAAUCUGAGUAAAGAUGGUGAUAUAAAUGAAAAUAUAAAUGUUUUACAUAAUAAUACUGAUCCAAAUGCUCCCUUACCAAAUAAUUCAACUCCAAUUUCAUUAUCAAAUUCUGAACUGGAUAAUAAACCUAAGUUUAAAACUAGUUUAUUUGGGGAAAUCGAUACUAGCGAUGAUUCUCAAAUUACUUUACAUUCUUCAAAUCAUAAAAAUUCGGUAAGUUUUAAAAAGGGAAAUAGUAGAAGAAAUUCAAAACAAGUACAACAACCAAGUCCGGAUUCUGAUACUCCAAAGAGAAAAAAAUCGAAAACAUCUCCACCAUCAACUGCACCAGCUAUAAAUCCUUUAAAUUAUCGACAUGUUUCAUAUUCUGCUGCUUCUGGUGUUUGUUAUUCAGGUAAUAAUGAAAAUGCUAAUCCAGCGCCAAUGGUGGAUUUUGCCACGCCACCACUCGGUCCUAUGAGUGAAGAUUAUAAUAAAAUCUUAGAAAUGGGUGGUUUAUUAGAAUGGGGUGGUGCUAUGGGUAAUAAUAUUGAACCAUUAGAUUUAAAUGAUGAUAAAUUGGCAAUUAGACAAAAAUCAUUAAAGAAUUUACAUGACUUCUUUACUGAUAAUAUGAAACAAAAGGCGAAUAUAAUGCAUCAACCACAACAUUUAACAUCUACAACUAUGCAACAUUCAAAUAGUUUACCAGCUUCAGCCGUACCACCGUUAGAUAGAUUUGAAUUUACUUUGCAUCAACCAGAUUUAAAUUUUAUAAAUCAAUUUAAAAGUGCAGAUAUUAAACGAGAAGAUCAACCUUCAAAAUCUCCACAUUCAUCCACUGGUUCAAUUAAUCCACAACAAUUAAACAAUAACCCAAAAAAUACAGUUAUAAAUGGAAAUCACGGUAUGCCAGUUUCUGUAUCAAAUAAUGACAAUGAUUGGAUUAGAGAUUUAGUAUUUCCACCAUUUGAUUUAAAUUUUAGCAGUUACACUAGUCAUGAAGAUUUAAGAGGUUUUUAUGGAAGUUCAUCUUUAUUACAUGACACAUUUAGACGUGAUACUGCUACAUUCUUUAUUAAUGAACCAUCAUUGUAUAAUAAAAAAUUAAGAGAUGAUAUAAUAUCAAUUUCCAACAUUAAUGAAGCUGAAUUUCCUUCAUUAGAAGCAUUGAAUAAAUAUGUAAAGUUAUAUGAAGUGAAUUUCCAUUCCAAUUUUAGUUUUAUCCACUUAAGUUCGAUUAGGAAUGCAAAUAGUAAUGGUAUUAUUCCUUUAUUAUUAGCAAUUGCAUCAAUUGGAGCGCUUUAUGCUUAUAAUGAUACAGAUACUUUAAUAUUAUUCAAUUUAUCCAAAUAUCACAUACAAAAUUUUUUUGAAAAACAAAUUACUUUUGAUAAUUUACAAUUUAAAAAAGUUCCGAUCAUGGCUCAUCAAUGUUUAUUAUUACAUAUUUAUAUAAGUUUAUUUUUAAAUGAAGUUAACAUGGUAGAUAUUAUACAACGACAAAUAAAAUCAAUGUAUGGAUUAAUUAAAUCAACAAAUUUUGAUCAACCUUUAGAACAAUUGAUUAUUUCACCAAGAGAUGAAAAAAUGGUCCAAAAUAAUUUUGAUUUCUUCAUUAUGGCUCAAAGUAGAAUUAGAACAUUGAGAUGUUUUCAAUUUAUACUGGGUUUUAUAUCAACUAUUUUAGAUUUACCUUUAAUACUUAAUUCAUCAAUGAUUUAUGGAAAAUUUGGUGAUGAAGAACUUUGGAAUUGUGAAAAUAGUCAAAAAUGGUAUUCAAGAAUAAAAUCUACAACUACUCAACCUUUCAAUUUAAUUGAAAUAAGUAAUGGAAUUGAAACAACACCAAAUGAACUAUUUACACUAGUUAGAUUUUUUGAAGAUUUGAAACCAUUUGAAAAUUUAAGUUUUAUUCAAUUUAAUACAACAAAAAGACAAUUAAUUGAAACGGAGUUACUCAACUAUGAAUCAAGUUUUAUGAACUCCAAUGACAAGUUGAUAUUAUCAUUAUAUUAUUUAUUGAAAAUUAAAAUAGAAAUAAAUAAUUCUGGUAGUAAAUUAAUUCAUGCAAUAUUAAAUAAAGAUUGGAUUACAAUGAAUAAAGAAAUUAAUUUAUUACAUUAUAAAGAAUCAAAUUACGGAAUUUUAACAAAUUCAUUUCCUUAUGCAACUAAAUUAUUACAAAGUUAUAAUUAUAAUAAUUAUAAUAUUCCUGUAUUUUAUACUUUUGGUAUAUUUAUUUCAAUUUUAAUAAUAUCUACAUAUUUAGAUUUUAUUGAAAAAAGUUUGAUGAGUAAAGAUAUUUCAAAUUUUGAAUUGAUUAAUUAUAUAAAAUGUAAUAAUUUAAUUCAAAUGAUGAAGAAAGAAACUGAUGUAAUUGGAAGUGGUAAAUUGGUUAGUUUAUCAAUGGAAAGAGAAAAAAUAGAUGAUUUAAUUGCUAAUGAUAUUGAUUCAGGCGCUAAUCAGGUAAAGGCUCAACAAUUGAAUGGACAUUUGAAAGGUGAGAUUUUAAAUUUGAAAUUAUCUAGUAAAGUUUUAAAUUUUGGUGUUGAUUUAAUGAAUGGAUUUUGGUGGCCUAUUGCUGUUGGAUUUGCCGAAGGAUUAAAGAAUAGAUCAACUUAG